AUGGAAUCCCUCGCCAACCUCACCAAAACCCUCGAAUGGAACAUCGGCCUCGCUCUCGCUGUGAUCUUCCUACCAGUACUCAUUCCCUCCUGGAUCACUUUGGGACCGCAGAAGCUGCUCCGCGUCUCCAAGUACGUUCGGAAGUUCCCGAGCUCGUACUACGGCGCGAAAGCAUUCGAACGGGGCACUAUCAACGGCUACUGCGCCACUGUUCGAUACGGCGUCGAUAUCCUCCGACAUGGACACCCGUACGCGAAAUCGCAAAAGGUCUGGGUUCAUGCUGCACACUAUCUCUCCCGGCUCGACUCGUGGUGCUACUACCUCUUCCUCGUCUACGUGCUAUACCGGAUUAUGGGACUCCGUUAUGGGCGAUUCAAGGUGCAGGGGCAGCCUGGAUCCCAGCAACCCGAGUACGCGCAAGGUACAAUCCUCAGUUUGAUCAUGAUUUCUGUUUACUUUUACUUUGCUGGUGCGAUUGCCAAUCCGUUAGAUGGCCCGCGGGUGUUGGAAGAAGAGGCGAGGAGCAAGUUUAGGAGGCAGUGGGGCACGAAGUAG